AUGGCUGCAUACGGAGAUUUUCAUCUCAUCUAUUGGCCCACCAUUCCCGGUCGAGCCGAGCACAUCCGGCUCGCCCUCGAACUGGUCGGCACCACAUACAGCGAAACGGCGCACCAGGAAAAUGCCAUGGAUUUGAUGUUCUCUCUCAUGCGCAACGAAAAUAACAAACUGAUAGGGGGCGUCGACUGUAGCACCAGUCCCCCAUACUAUGCGGCCCCAGCCCUACGACACGGCGAUCUACUAUUGAGCCAGACGCCCAACAUCCUCCUGUACCUGUCGGAGCAGUUCCCAGCCCAGCUUCUUCCACAGGGCUGCAACAAGUGGAUCAUCAACGGGCUGGUGAUGACGGCGCUGGAUGGGCUCAGCAACGAGCCACACGACUGCCACCACCCCAUCUCGUCUAGCCUGUACUACGAGGACCAAAAGCCCGAGGCGCUGCGCAAGUCUCGGGAAUACGUCAAGGGCAGGCUGCCGCUGUUCCUCGACUACUUUCAGCGCGUACUCGACUCCGAGUCCAGCGGCGAUGGGCCGUGGCUUCACCGGGGCCGCCUGACGUGUGCGGAUCUGGUGCUCUUCCAAUGCCUGGAUGGAGUCAUGUUCAUGUUCCCCAAGGUCAUGGCCAAGUUGAAGGAGACGGGCAAAUACGACGGUCUGUGGCGACUCUACGAGGCGGUCAAGGAGACGGAGAAUAUCAAAAAGUAUCUGGAGAGCGAGAGGAGGCAAAAGUACUCGAAUGGAAUUUAUCGCUACUACGAGGAAUUGGAUGUUGUAGAGUAG